CGCUGCGCUGCCCCGCACAGCCCGAGGAAGUUCUCCCGGAGUUCGGCGGUGCCGGAGCCGCUUUGUAACCCCUCGCGGAGCGCGGCUCCCCGCAGGGACGGUUGGCGCGGAGGAAGCACGGGGAGAGCGAGGGAUAAAGUUGCUCUGACAAGGGAAAAGGCGGAACGCCUGGAGAAGAAAGGACGGGCGGCGAGGACGGAGCGGUGAAUGGCGAGAUCAGUUUAACCGGAGCCAACAAGUGGGAGCGGUGCGCGCGUUCCGCUCGUCCCGUCCCACGGCCCGCUCUGACAGACCGAAGAACGCUUCGCCCCGCGCCGCCCCAGCCAUGCUCGGCAGGCCGAGCCCCGCGCUGGCCGCUUGCGCCCUGCAGGCGCUGCUGCUGACGCUCGGUCUUGCUGAGGACAAAUUUUUUGAGAAACCAGUGCUGAGCAUUGCAAAAGACCACAUUGUCAUCUUACCAGGAGAAGUUCUAACAAUAAAAUGCAGGGGAGCACGGCCGGUGAGCUGGCUGCUGCGGGAGGCACAGCAGGCAGACCCCCGCAUGCACAUCGGCAGCUGCCGCAACAGCAGCGGGCAGAGCUGCAGCACACUGCUCCUCAGGAACGCCACGGCCAGCGACACCGGGUACCUCACCUGCGUUCACGACGACGCCCCAUCCAGCGAGGAGCUCGUGGCCAGGAUUUAUGUGUUUGUUAAAGACGACAGAAAUCCAUUUGUGGAGUUUCACCCGGAGCAUCCCAAAAUCAUCUACAUUCUAAAGACUAAGAAAACAGUUGUUAUCCCCUGCCAAGUCACUUCUCCAGAUAUCAGACCCAUACUUACCAAGUAUCCUCAUCUUGAAAAGCUAGACUUCAGGAAGAUGGUGUGGGACCCAAAAAGAGGAUUUGUCAUCCCCUCUCAUUCUUUUACUUAUUCUGGAGUACUCGCAUGCACUGCAAACAUCACUGGAAGUGUGUUCUCAUCCUAUUACCUCGUACACAAACUGGAGGGCAGAGCACAGAACCUGGCUUUGAAAGCAACUCCCAAAAAACUGCUGGUUGGAGAAACUCUCUAUUUGGAAUGCAAAGCAGAAACCUUCAUCAACGGGCGCAUCGAAUUUGUAUGGACGUGUCCUAGGGGAAAACACCCUUCCCCCAGGAGAACAAUGGACCAGAGUGAACCCGUGUACAAGGUUGGCAGCAGCCUGACAAUUGAAAAUGUCACCAUGGAAGAUGGAGGCCUAUACAUAUGCAAAACAUUCAAUGUAACGAAGCUGGAAGCUAAUGUCACCGUUACGGUGUACGACAAACCUUUCCUUGAGGUGUCGCACAAGAAAGGGCUUUACUAUGAGAUUACAUCAGGACACAAGUCGCUGAAACUGGCUGCGAAGGUGGAUGCCUUUCCUCGCCCAACUGUUGCCUGGUACAAAGAUGGCAAACUGAUCAAGGAUAACCAAACUUGCUACGAGCCGGACCCAGCGAAGUACAGGCUGGGCAUAAGAGAUGUGAGACCAAAGCAUGCUGGGAACUACACCAUUGUCCUGAGCAAUGCAAAAUAUGGCCUGUACAAGAACCUCACCAUGCAGCUGGUAGUGACAGAGAGACCCAAAAUCUAUGAAAAGGAAACAGAUUUCGAUAAGAUCGAGCGGGUGGAAUUAAGAAGCAAGCACAAAAUCCAGUGCACUGUAAGCGGGAAUCCUGACCCGAAGGUUGAGUGGAAGUGGCAGCCCUGCAGCCUCACAGACACACUAUGCAACCCUACAGGACAAAAAAUUGUGGUUGAGGAGAACAUGUUCAUAGGCAACAAGAUCAAGAGCAUUGAAAACAUAACCAUGAAGCACGGGGACAAAAGAAAGAUUGUGAGCACACUAACAAUGGAAAACAGCAGCACAUCAGGAAUCUAUUACUGCGUGGCCUCAAAUAAGGUUGGUGAAGAAGAGAGGAGCGUUGAGUUCUAUGUCUCAGAUGUGCCAUCGGGGUUGCAGACGGCCCCACAGGUCACAGCCAUUGCAGGGAGCACUGCCCAGCUGACCUGCAGGGCCUCCAGGUACAUCUACAGCAACCUGGCCUGGUCCUACCCGUCCCGGGCCGCGGCUCACGGCAGCUCUCUAACCCGGAGCACUGACGCCUACUCCAUUUCCCUGACCCUGAUCAUUGCAAACGUCACAGAGGAGCACAGCGGCCUCUACAAGUGCCGUGCCCAGCACCAGCACAACGGCAGCGGCACGCUGGAGCAGCACACACGGCUCCUUAUCAGAGCAAAGGCAGCCCCGUAUGUCCUACAGAAUCUGACAGAUCUGGAGGUUAAUAUCAGUGGCAAGAUCAUUCUGGAGUGCAGAGUCAGUGGAACACCAGAGCCACAGAUUACAUGGAGCAAAGAUGGCUACCCCAUCUCAGCAGCAUCAGGAAUUUCCAUGGAAAAUAAUACCCUGGUCAUUGAGAGAGUGAAGAAGGAUGAUGAAGGGCUCUAUGAAUGCAAGGCGACCAAUGACAUGGGCCAAGACAGUACAUCAGCCUUCAUUAAAAUACAAGGUUCUGAGGAGAAAUCCAACAUCGAAGUUAUCAUUUUGGUCUGCACUGGUCUUGCUGCUACCCUCUUCUGGCUCCUUCUGACCCUUUUCAUUCGGAAACUGAGAAAACCUGAUGCCACAGAUAUUAAAACAGGAUACCUGUCAAUUAUAAUGGAUCCAGAGGAAAUGCCUCUUGAUGAGCAGUGUGACCGUCUUCCCUACGACAGCAGUAAAUGGGAGUUCCCAAGAGACAGGCUGCGGUUGGGUAAAACACUGGGUCACGGUGCUUUUGGGAAGGUGGUGGAAGCGUCUGCUUUUGGCAUUGAUAAAUCUUCAACCUGCAAAACAGUUGCCGUAAAAAUGCUCAAAGCAGAAUGUGCAACUACUAAUGAAUGCAAGGCUUUAAUGUCUGAACUGAAGAUCCUUAUCCACAUAGGACACCAUCUGAAUGUAGUCAACCUGCUGGGAGCUUGCACCAAAGCUGGAGGUCCUUUAAUGGUCAUAGUAGAAUAUUGUAAAUAUGGAAAUCUGUCCAAUUAUCUACGAGGAAAACGAGGAGAUUUCAUUGCAUACAAGUCCCAGGAGAACUCUGGCCAAGCAGAGAAAAGCCUGGAUGAGUCCAGCAGCGAUUUGACAGAGCUGAUCAAGAGACGCCUUGAGAGUGUAGCCAGCACUGGGAGCUCUGCCAGCUCAGGAUUUAUUGAAGAUAAGAGUUACAGUGACUCUGAAGAGGAUGAAGAAGAUGCUGAAGAUCUGUACAAGCGGCCACUGACUUUGGAGGACCUGAUUUGUUACAGCUUCCAAGUGGCAAAAGGGAUGGAAUUUCUUGCCUCCAGAAAAUGCAUCCAUCGGGACUUGGCAGCAAGGAACAUCCUUCUUUCUGAGAACAAUGUGGUGAAGAUCUGUGACUUUGGGCUAGCCAGGGACAUUUACAAAGACCCUGACUAUGUUCGGAAAGGAGAUGCAAGACUUCCACUCAAAUGGAUGGCUCCAGAAGCAAUUUUUGAUAAGAUUUACACAACACAGAGUGAUGUAUGGUCUUUUGGAGUUCUGCUAUGGGAAAUAUUUUCUCUAGGUGCCUCUCCGUACCCCGGAGUGCAGAUAGACGAGGACUUCUGCCGACGGCUCAAGGAAGGAACCCGGAUGAGGUCACCAGAAUAUUCUACUCCAGAAGUCUACCAAACAAUGCUGGACUGCUGGCAUGGAGUGCCCACAGAGAGACCCACCUUCACUGAGCUUGUAGAGCGCUUAGGAGACCUUCUUCAGGCCAAUGUACAGCAGGAUGGUAAAGACUAUAUCCCACUGAACAUUACCUUGUGUCCUGAUGGAGAGCCUAACUCCAAAACUUGCCCCGUGGAGGAAAAUUUGAACAACUGUGUUAAUCGCUGGAGUGCAGUGGAAACUGGCAGCGGCAGCAAAAGGCGCCCUCUGAGUGUGAAGACGUUUGAUGAAGUUUCAGUGGGAAAGGAGAAGGUGAUGCAUGAGGAGUCAGACAGCGGGAUGGUGUUGACAUCAGAUGAGAUAAAAAGUCCAAAGAGGCUGGAAAUCCGCUCCUGGCCUUACGGGAUCAUGGCACUCGCGCGGCGAGCUGUUAGCAGGAGCAAAGAGUCCAUCUUAUCUGACCAUGAACGUGAAGCUGUCAAAUACCAGCCCGCAGUGCAGGUUGAAGAGGACACCAUGGACUUCCCACUGGAAGACUCUGUGCUCCUUCCUAUGGAUCCAAGCCUGGAGUGCCACAGCCCCCCUCCGGAUUACAACUCUGUUGUGCACUGCUCUGCACCCCCAGUGUAACCAGCCCAGCCUGGUGCAGGGCCUUUGGUGCUUCAUUUGGCCACGAUGGAUUCCAUAAAAAGGCUGUGUGCCAACCAAGGGGGAACCCAGCAGCACACUGGUUCUUAUGUUUCAUCUGGCACAUCUCUGAUGUGAGCAGAAAAUCUUUAAGAGCAUCCCUUCUCUAUCUUUAAAGGCCUAUUGCAAAAUAUGUGGUAAAUUAGAACACAUAUAAGAAUCGUUAAUGGAAGCUGUAACCCAGAACUGCUCCCAUCCUUCCUCCCUUAGCAGGGAUUGUUUAUUAACCAUAUUUUACUCCAUAAGUCACCAAGAGUCACCCCUCACGAUAGCUGUGACAAUACUGAUCCCACUGGUCCUGCACCCAUCUUAGGGGUUGCUUGGUGUGAGGCUGGAAGGUAUCAGCUGAUAAUUACAGCCAUAAACUCUAACGUUUUGUGUUUGAAAAGAAUCCAAAAAUUAAAACAUUUCUCUUAACUUGGGAACUCACCUUCAGUAAAUGUUUCUGGAAUAUUUUGAAAUCCAAAAUAUGUUUAUUACAAUUUGUGAUCUGACAAUUUCACUGCCAAGAGGAUCCACUCCCCAAACGACACAACAGAGAAGCAGCCAGCAUCCAUGUAUGUAUAUAUGUAUGUAUAGAUACAUAUAUAUAUGUAUGUAUAUACAUAUAUAUAUAUAUACAACAACACUGUAUGUAUAUAUACAUACAGUGUUGUUAAAUGUGAUGCCCUGUUUUCCCUCCUUGUUCAAACAGCAACUUCUUUAACAUUAUGCAAUAGGGAGCCAUGAUGGGGAUGCAUCUGCAGUGAUUGCAAGGCAUCAGCACUGCAUUAAGUAAGAACCUUCAGCUCAUGCAGGCGGUGUUUCCCAGCACACGAGCACAUCUGUGUGAAUGUGCAUAAAAUACUCAUCCACAAUAUGAGAGUGACACAUGAACGCAUAAAUAACCUUGAGGCAUCAGCAGUGUAGCAGCAUUUCUCUGUUUCCUUUCUGGCCACAGAUUAUUUAAAAUUGGGGAAAAAAAGCUCUUCCUUUGAAUUCUAUGGCAGAUGCCCAACAGUUUGAUCUUGGGAAUACCAGCCCAUUCUCAGCUGUGAGCAUAUGUAAAACACACUUGUCUCCAGCUGCUUGCCAAGGUAAAUACUGCUACGAUCUGCCAUGCCUUCUGUAUCUAAACCAUCCACGAGUGCUGCAAAGAUUUUUGGAAUCCACUCGUGCCGGUCUGAAUGGGUCACAAAUUCUCACAUCUGAGCAAUUCAAAGUGUGUUGUCCUUUUGCAAAAGCGGUGUGCAGCAGGGACUGCUGGCCUACAGGUGUGCACACCAGCUCCCAUCCGCACCCCAGCCAUCCUCACAGCAACCUCAGAACCAAGCAACUAAUCUUUGUCAUUUAAUGUGCUGGGAAAGAUCCAGUGCUGACAUUAGAAAUCUAGGAAGGGGUAAAGGGAGUUUUCAGGUAGAAAAAGCAAAGAUAAAAAAGAUGUAUGUUGACAGCCAAGCCUAUAACUUCCUAAGUUAUAAACCCAGACCUGGACAUAACUUUGUGCAGUUUAUUGCAAGGUCUGCAUAACCCUUGCCUUUUCUUUUUUAGAAUUGAUACUCUAAUUAGACUUCUUUAGAGAAAGAAAUUAGCUACAAACUAAAAUGAUUACAAAUUAAUUCUUUCUAAAACAUCCAACACUUGGCAAACAAUUAUUUUACCUUGGCGAACACAGCCUAACCGCCCUUGCAGCAAUGAAGACAAUAUUCUGGAAGACUGGUUACAGUUGGUUGCAUUGAAAUAAACAGAAAAAGCCUCAGGUAUGAUCAAAGGGGAGAAAUCCCCAAAGCCCAUGCCAUCCUAACUGUGAAUGCUAAAGCAUCUGGUGGAAGGGCUCUUGGGAACCAUGUCUUGUUCUCCUCAGCCUCAGAUUUGAGCUGUUUAAGAAAUCACCUGCAGGAGCCCAUGGGCCGUUGCUCAUAGUGAGCCUGGCAAAUAACUGUGGUCUGUAGUUGCUUUAUGGCCAUUUUUGCACUUCUUUGUAUGUUAGUGUCUAUGUAUGAGGUAAAGUUGGUCAAGUAACGGAAUACUGGGAAAUAAUUCAUCUCAUGGGUCACAGAAAACUCACCAGAUCAGUUUUUUAUGAAAUAGGAAAUUAUCUAUAGCUCUGAUCAAAUAACAGAUCACUUAUUUGGAAAAUAAUUUAUUCAGGUGGCAGAAAGAAAAAGAAAGGUGCCUAUGGUUUGUCUGGCUCUGCUGUUACUGGCAUCAAUCAGCGUGAAGUGGUUUGUUGUUGUGCCUUGUUGUGUAGCAGAAGAAAAUGACAAUGUUUAAAAAGCUCUGCUUAUAAACUUUGAAAUAAGCACACGUAGGAAAAACAAAAAAAGUGCAACUCUGCUCUCAGUUUUAAAAAAGAUUGGGAAAUGCUGCUGUUUGAAGUGCCUUCUUCCAAGAGAGCCGAGCACACUGCCUUUCCUCCUUAGCAGGGAUGAAAUGUUUAUUUUAAGUUGAAGGUUUUUCCCUCUAUGGUAACUGUAAGAAGCAAAAAUAUUACCUAAAAGUAUUACUGAACAUAUGUGUUUUCUAUUUUAUUUACUAAUAUUUUGUCUUUUUCUCUCCUCCCUUAAUUUAAUUAUUGUUCUUUUCUUACAAUGAUGUAUAUAAUUUACCCAGUAGGAACAAAUGUAGUGAUUCAUUUAUAUGGUAAUAUUUGUAUUUUAGUCAAAAGAUGCGCAGACAUAGCAGAGUUAAGGAUCUCCACAAAGCAUUUCACUGACACUUGCAGGUUGCAGCACCCACUGGUGCCAGCUCACGGCGGCGCUCUGCUGGCCCUCACGUCCCAGCUCUCGCUUGCUUUCCACAUCAGUCAGUUUCAGUAAGGAAGCAGGGACCUCCAUGAUUCCAGCAGAUUUAUCUCAUUCCUGAAAGUGUCACUUUGCAGCUCAAGGCAAAGGGGAGGGAUUUCCACUGCUUCUGUUUGAACUGCAGGCUGGUGUAUCAGUUAGAGCACCAGAAGGAGCCAAGUUGUCUAAGUGAGGUGAUGUUUCAUAGUUUUUCAGAUGUCUCAGGGAUUCUUAUUCAGCUCUUGUUCGCCACCUGCCUUUUCUAAUCUUACUGAACUCAGUGGGAUGGAGUAUUGAGAAGUACCUUUGUUUUCCUUAAAGAAGCCCACUGUCCUGUUUUUCUUUUUGUAACUCUGCAGAAUUGGGGCAGAGGAGCUUAGAGCUCACAACAAAUGUGUUGUCUCCUCCCAGCACCCUCCAGCCAUACAGUCUGCCAAAAAGUGCCUUCCCCUGUGCACUGUCAGCAGCCAGGUGGGCUUGGCAGCCUGGGCCCCUACUUCCUCCUUGCUCUCCUUGUUGUCUGUGUGCUGGUAUUUACCCAUCACAGCUUAUGCUUUCCUCUUUUGAGUAAAUUCAGAUAUAGAGCCCAUCUCACUGUGGUAUUUUGUGCAUCCUCCGUUCUUGCAGAGGCUGAACUAGACACACUGAAGUAAGCUUUUUUCCCACAUUAAAAAUGUUUCCAAUAUAGGCACAGGAAACUGGUUUACUCUGAUGUGCCUGGAAGCAUCUCUGUAUACUUCUCUGAAUGAGAGAAGCUUUUUCACUCUUCUAAUUUUUUAAUUUUUGGUGUCUGUAGUGAGAUGAAGUUUGGUGUCUAUCUACGUGAGUCUCACCUUCCUCUUAAUGCUUUCUCAAUUUGAUUUCUCUUUGGUUCUUACAAAUUAACCUCAUUAGAAGGGAUGCCAGGGUGCUGGGCCCACACCAUCUGCACAGAAUAUCAAGAAAGGCCAGAUAAAAACGUAAAGUCUUUCUGAAUAACAAGCUCAAACAAAAAUGCUGACACUUAAACCCCCCGAAUGCUGAUGAUGCAGACAAUCACAGCUGCCUGCAGACAUAGCUGCUCUGCUUAGACAUUUCACUAACAUGCUCAACUCUCCAGGCAUCCAGCCUGCCAUCUACCUAGUGCAACCUGGAGUAGCCAGGCACUUCUUUCCUUGCAUUUAUGCAUUGUAUACUGUAAAAAUGCUUAUCAAUGUUAGCUUGUUACUGGCCAGUAAGCAGCUUAUGACUUCGCUUCUCAGUGACCCUUCAUGUUGAGCACUGGCUCUGCCUUGCCAUGCACCAUCCUGCUUUACAAAUUCCAUCUGGCUCAAUUCCAGUUGAAAGGGUGUUUGGGACCAAUGGUCUCUAGCUGCCACUAGCACCAAAUGGGUACCACCAGGACUCAGCAGCAAAUAGGAAAUAGCUGUACAAUAAAGUGAGGCAUUAUCGUGUGUUCCUGAAAGCAGGAAUUGGCCAGGAUCACACCUUGGAUCUAUUUUUUUCUUUUGAUAAAGGGAAUGGAAAAUACAGAAGGUAGCAAUGUUUCUUUUGUCCCGUCCUAUAGAUACUAAUGGCCAAGACCUGUGAUCCAUUUUCCUGGUUUUGUGCUGUGACACAUAAAAGAAAAAAGGCAGAAAGAAUUUUGGUUAAGUACCAACAUAGGUAGUAAAAUUCAGGGAGGACUUCUGGAUUUGAUCCUAUCAAGAGUUGGUCACUGUAUAGGACAUAAAGGUUCAGCACAAGCACUGACUUCGUCCUGUGAUGCAUGUGUUGGUUUCAUACUUUGUUAACACAGACCGGUUCACUUGGACCCCAAGCAAAUGCAGUGCCCUAAGGGCAUUGGUUGCAGGAAGACCUGUGUGGUGCACAGUGAGCAGUGUUCUGUUGUCCUGCUUGGCAGUGCUGUGCCACGAGAGCCAGCACAUACUGCUCCAGUCAUUCCUUCUUGGAUCUUGAGCUGUCAAAGCAGCUAGUGAAAACUGGGGAAGCCCAGUAACUGAGGACUCAGAGAAAGUAAACUAAGUGCCAUGUAAUACUCAAAACACCAAGGAAUGUAUGUCUGCCCUGUUCCUGUCUGUCUGCAGAAUGUAUGCACUGAAAACAACGCUUUCAUAUGUAGUCAAAAAAUGUACUGUAUCUAUUAACCAAAAAAUAAAAAGAUUCUAUAUUUAUACA